GCGCGCUCACACGUCGGUUAAAGUCAUAUCCGAACCUCUUGCUCAAAAUGGGAGGUGGCCCCAGAGUUCGCUAUCCGAAGCACGUCUGGUCACCAGCUGGUGGCUGGUACUCUCAACCCGCAAACUGGAAAACCAAUACCGCGAUAGUCGCUGCUGUUAUAUUCGGUACUGCUGCCAUGGCCUUUAGCGUCUCCGCAGACAGAGAAUUCCGUACGAAAUUUCCUGAACAGGGCAGAUUCUUCCCUAGUCGAUGGUGGAGCAAACAAAUUUGUGAACAUGAAAAGAAGUUGGCAGAGGCAAGCAAAUCAUGAGUUUUACAAUGGCGAGGAGGUUCAUUUGGGUUGGAGAUCUGUGGAUUAUAUGUACAAUCUUCCUCUUGGCGUUGAUUCAAUGGGAUUAGAUACACAUACUAUUACCAAUCGAUCAAGCAAUCGAUAUUUUAUUUUC